AUGAGCGUCUUCCUGCUUUGCAAACUCACAGAGAACCUGGAGAGUGAUUCCUAUAGGCAGAAUAUUGUCACAGCACCUGGGAAGGGUGGUAAAAAAGGCAAAGCAUGUGGAGAAGGACUUGUGCAGUGGGACUCAGAAAGAGAGCAGGUGCUACAGGCACUUGUGCAGCUCUUCCAAUUGGACAUCCGUUCACUGUGGAGCCUCUCCUUGGUGGAGGAAGAGUUCAUCAGCUGUGUGACCUGCUGCUGCUACAAGCUCCUUGAGAACCCAACCAUCAGCCAUGUCAAGAGUAAACCCACCAGAGACUGUGUAAUCCACCUCCUGGGGUUGCUGAUUAAGAAAUAUAAUCACCUCCUGGGUGCUGGUGUAAAAGUGAUCCAGAUGCUUCAACAUUUUGAGCAGUUGUCAUCAGUGUUUGCCCAGGCUGUGUCUGUGUGGAGCACAGAGUACGGAGUCAGAGCUAUCAUAGGAGAAGUCAUACGGGAGAUUGGUCAGAAGUCAAGUGAGGAGUUGGCCAGAGAGGGGUCGGGAGUCAAAGCCUUUGCCUCCUUCCUCUCAGAAGUCAGUGCUUUGGUGCCUGAAUUGAUGAUUCCCAACAUCAGUGUUCUCAUCACACACCUGGAAGGAGAGAGUCACACAAUGCGUGUUGCUGUCUGUGAGGUGCUGGGAGAGAUCCUUGUGAGGGUCCUGUGCGGUGAUGGGCUAGAUGAGUCCGGUAGAGCUGACCGUGACCGUUUCUUUGACACACUGCAGGAGCAUCUGCAUGACUCGCACUCUCAUGUCAGAACACGUGUACUGCAGGUCUACACACGCAUCGUCAAUAGCAAAGCGCUGCCCCUGUGUCGGUAUAGCGAGGUGAUGGAGCUUGCUGUUGGACGGCUGAUGGACAAAUCUAUAAAUGUGGUUAAGAGUUCCAUCCAACUGCUGGCUGCCUUCAUAGCACACAAUCCUUAUAGCUGCAAGCUGAGCAGCGCAGAUCUGAAGAAACCACUGGAGAAGGAGACUUCUAAACUCAGAGAAUUGAAAGAGAAACUGGAGGGGACAGCACCUGUGGCAGUGAUUAAAGCAUCUGAGCUGUGGGCUGCUAUGGUGCCUGAGCUCCUCGUCACUGUCAGGAAAGAACUGGAGCCCACAAGCGAAGAAGAGAAGGAGCAGCAGGAGGACGAGGAAGGCGGGGAGGUGGAGGAGGAAAAGGAGGCAGAAGACGACAGAGCAACCGCGGUGAAGAUAGCUCAGUACCUCCGUGUCAACAAGUACAGGGAUGCUGUGCAGCUCAGUAUAAGAGCUCACAGCUGCUUCCCAGAAUCUGAGAUGUUUACUUCUCUGUCCACUCUCACACCUGAGAAUAUGAUGGACACACUGGCUCUGAUUUUCAAAGGCUCUGAUGAUGACACUUCCGAGCUCAACCAGAAUUUGCCACCGACGCCACAGAAAGAACCAGAGAAAGAGGGUGAGGAUGGUGAGCUGAAGAAGCAAGAGAUGUUGGUGCAGUACCUGAAAGAUACAGAAACCUUCGCUUUACAAGUAGAGAGAGCAAUCUCUGUCAUCAACACCAUGCUGUACUGGAAAACAACUUCAGUGGUCCAGGAGGCUGUGCAGUUUUGUGUGACGGUGUGCGAGUUCAGUGUCGCUAACUCUAUCAGUGGAGUGAGGAAAAUGUUGCCUCUGGUUUGGUCAACUGAUGCUGCAAUUAAAGAUGCAGUCAUUCACGCUUACAGGCGUCUGUAUCUGAACCCCCAGGGAGACACCAUCAGGACGAAAGCCCAGACUCUUGUUGAUAGUCUCUCUGAGCUGAUGGUGGAUGCAUCUCUGGGAACAAUCCAGUGUCUUGAGGAAAUUGUACAGGAGUUCUUCAGCAGUGGCAGCAGUCUCCAGUCCACUGUAGUUCAGGUCUUGUGGGAGAGAUUUACUGGUAAACGAGAAACUUCUAGCUUAUACAAGCGAGCUGCAGUCUUACUGCUGGGCAUGGCUGCAAGGGCAGAGAGAGAGGUGGUGCUCAGUAAUCUGGACACUCUUUGUUCAGUGGCCCUGGGUGAAAAAGUGACUGAAGACUUCCUUCUGGCCAGAGAUGCAGUUAUUACCAUCUGCAACAUCACUGAUCAUGUCAGGCAGUCAAAGGGUGCUCCAUUCAGACUGCCUCAGGACCAUCAGCUGUUCACCUGUCUCACACAGGCCGUUGCUGAAGGUGUGGUGAUGGAAGACCCUUACUGGCAGAGCUUCAUGGAACAGGCUGUCCGUCUCAUCUACUUCCUGGCUGAAUCGCCUGACCAGCUGUGCUCCAGGCUGCUCCAGCGAAGUGCCCGCCUCUUACUAGAUCAAAUUGCAGAAGGUGGCGAAGUCAACAAGGAUGCUGGCCAAAUGCAAGAUGGCUCUCAAGAGUCUAAUGAGCAAUGUGAACAAGUGAACUGUGUGUGUCUGGCCCAGCUGUUGGCUGCGUGUGGCUGCGUGGCUUUCUGGCAGGUGUCUCACCUUGAGCGCAGCGUGAGUGCUGAGCUGCGGAGGAGGAGAGGAGAGACAGAGGAGAGAGAGGAGAAGGAAAAAGGCCCAGCCGGAAAAGCCAAGCAAACAGCCAAUGAGAGCACUAUGGAGGAGGAGCUUGGGUUGAUUGGUGCCUCUGCUGAAGAUACCGAGGCUGAACUCAUCAGAAACAUCUGUGAGACAGAAUUACUGGCUGAGGAGAACCUGCUGAGUGCAUUCCUUCCCCUGCUGGUGAGAGUCUGCGGCUCCCCAGGACGUUAUUCCCACCCGCAGCUCACCACUGCUGCCUGUCUUGCACUCUCUCAGUACAUGAUGAUUAGGCUGAGUGACGAGGUUCCUUCAGUAAGGCAGACAGCUGUGACUGUUCUCACUCAGCUGGUGCUUAAGGAUGUCCUCAAGGUCAAAGGUCAAGUCAGCGAAGUGGCUGUAUUGCUAAUUGACCCUGACUCGCACAUUAACAGCCUGGCCCUGAACUUUUUCAAUGAGCUUGCUACAAAGGACAAUGCGAUAUACAACCUGCUCCCAGACAUCAUCAGCCGCCUGUCCGACCCAGAGAGAGGCAUGAGCUCAGAGGACUUCAACACUAUUAUGAAACAGCUGUUCUCCUACAUCACUAAAGAAAGGCAGACCGAGUCUCUAGUAGAGAAACUGUGUCAGCGCUUUAGAACUGCAAAGACAGAGCGUCAGUGGUGUGACUUGGCCGUGUCUCUGUCUCUGCUCUCCAUGUGUGAGCGCGGUUUCAAGAGGCUGCAGGAAUGCUGGGAGUGUUACAGUGACAAGCUGACUGAACCGGGCGUCUACCAGCCUCUGCUCUCCAUCACCGCCAAGCUCCGUCGUGGGGCUAAACCACAGUUUAAGGCUCAGGUAGAUGAGUUUGAACAGCGUCUGACUGCAGUUCACACACGGGGGCUGGAGAAUGUGGAAAGCCCAGAGAUGGAUGAGGAAAACCAGAAAGCAGGAGUGUCUGCUGAGAAGACAGUCACGCGAACACCUGCGCCCACCAGAGGCCGGCUGAAGUCAAAGCAAGGUCAAGGAAAGCCUCCAGUUUCAAGAUGUGAUGACAGUUUUGUCACGCCUCGCAAAUCUCGCAAGUCUAAGAAGCCUGCAAUCACCUUCAGCAGUGAUGAGGAGGAGGAUGAAGAGGAUGCUGUGAUGGCAGAGAGCGAGACCCCUAAAGUGACAACGCCCAUCGCACGCACGUCCCGACGAGCUCGCCUCAGAAACUGA